AUGACACUACCUACAUAUACAAUUGCUAUGAAACUCCUGGGCAAACUUGGGCGACAAGAUGAAGUUGAACGACUCUGGGGACAGCUGGUUGAGCGGGACAUUGUCAGUCACCCUCAAGCUUCAGGACGCAUUGACGCGGCUGCAGACAGUGGAGACAUUCAAGCAGCAGCACGGGUCCUCCGCUACCUGCGGGAAAAAGGUCUUCAGGCUGACGGGGUGCACUUUAACUCAGCGAUCAAUGCUUGUGCCAACAGCCAAGAUUCAAAUCGAGCUGCAGCAGCUCAAGGUUUUUUGGAUGAGAUGUUAGCUGCACGUUUGAAACCCGAUAUUGUGACAUAUGCAAACUUGCUUCGUGCAUUCCGACAGGAGCCAAGGCAACGUCUGCUGAAUCUGCUGGUGGAGAUGAAGAAAGAUAAAGUGAAAGCAAACAAAGUCUUUGCAGAAACCUUUCUGUUUGUUUUCUUGCAAGAGCCAGAAAAAGGCAGCUGGACCCAAAUCAGUGUCAUGGCUUCAGAUUUGCGGAAAAGGCCUGUGGCCGAUCUACAGGCUGCAAAGGACAUUCUUGAUGAGUUCAAGCGCACAAAUGUCGAGUUCAGCAAGUUCUGCAAGCGGAUCGACGGGGUAAUUCAGUCUUUGCUGGAAGAAGCCCGCAGAGUGACUGGAAAGAUCGUAGCUUAG